UGAUUGCAUUGCGUGUACAGUAUUGCCAAUACAAACGUAAAUAUGCCGUCAUUUAUAUGACAUGUGUUUUUGCAGUACUUUUGAAACAAGUAUUCAAUUCAAUUGAAAGUGUGUUUUGAUUGUGAUUUACAAACCAUUGAACCACUGGUGGACCAAAUGAGCCAAGAAGUGGACGCACGGGAAGGGAGGGCGCAAUGCAUACGCAAUGUGUGUGUAUUGGCUCACGUGGACCACGGAAAGACCACAUUAGUUGACUCGUUGAUCGCCAGCAAUGGUAUUAUCUCCGAACGAAUGGCCGGAAAGUUGAGAUAUUUGGACAGUCGUGAAGACGAACAGGAGAGAGGAAUUACCAUGAAGUGCAGCGCUAUAUCGCUUGCCUACCGGUCCGGUGAUGACAGAUAUUUGGUGAAUGUUGUGGACAGUCCCGGACACGUGGACUUCUCGGGCGAAGUGUCGACGGCUAUACGUCUGUGCGACGGAUGUAUUAUUGUGGUGGAUGUGGUGGAGGGGGUCUGCAGUCAGACCCGCAGUGUUUUACAACAGGCAUGGAUUGAACGCUUGAAACCAAUUCUGGUUCUCAACAAAAUCGACAGAUUGUUUGUCGAAAGAAAGAUGACUUCUUUGGAUAUUUAUAUGCAUUUAAUGCAAAUAUUGGAACAAAUAAACGCCUUUUUGGGACAACUCUUCACUACCGAUGUGUUAGGAAAAUGUGAGACAAAUACAGUGCCCGACAAACCACUCGAUCAGUCGGACGCCAAACAAGACACCUAUGAUUGGAGCUCCGGUUUGGAGGAUUCGGACGACUCUACUCUAUACUUCACUCCCGAAACAGGAAAUGUUGUGUUUGGAAGUGCUAUCGAUGGCUGGGGUUUCACUAUAAGUGAUUUCAGCCGUUUUCUGUCGGCUAAAUAUCAAAUCAAAGAAGAAGUGCUGAACCGAACCCUUUGGGGCGACUUUUACUUGAACUCCAAGGAGAAGAAGAUAAUGAAAGGCGCGCUCUCGAAGGCCAAGAAACCAUUAUUUGUGACAAUGGUUUUGGACAAUAUUAACGCCAUUUACGAAGCGGUGGUCAACAGACGCGACAAAGAGAUGAUACAAAAGAUCGUAACAUCUCUCGGCAUAAAGUUUACAACACGUGAUCUCAAUCACUCUGACUCUAGAAGUCAAUUGCACACUAUAUUUACGCAAUGGUUUCCCAUAUCAAGUGCUGUCCUUAAAAUG